AGUCCACAACCUCCCUAGGCAAUUUAUUCCAGCACUUAAUUCAGGGGGACUAUUUUGCUCAAAGUCUAAUAUCAUGCUUAUAAAUCAGUAAAAAAAAGCUGGUUGGUUUGCCUGUUGUAUUUUGAGGCGCUUUUUAUUUUGUGGCCUUGAUAUUCAGUUUUUUCCCCAAUAGCUGCAUCAGACUUGAAUACUGUGUCAGCUGUCCCUUUGACAUUGUUUGCUCCCCUGGCACCUCUCAUUUCCUAUGUAACAAACUCCACAAGUGCUCUCUGCACGGGGGCGCCAAGCUCAGAGGGUGAACAAUGGUGUAAAUUAGACCAGCCCCUCACACUAACUUAGCCCCAACUUGAACAGUGGUUCAACCAUAUUAUAAAGUCACUGAGCAUCUCACAGAGAAAAUAUUUCUUUAUUUCUCUGCUGUAAUUUGGGGCCUGACCCUGCAAAGUUUUACUUAGGCAAGUAGCCUAAUGACUUCAGUAGUAAUAUUUACAUAACAGCAAAUAUGUGAUCAUAUUUAUCAUCUGUUGCAAUUGCUAUGUGAACUACUUUAAAACUGAGCAGUAAAGAGGCACAUGAGAUUCUGGGAUAGGUCAUACAUCUUCCUGGGUUUAUAUGUUGAAAAAGAAAUGGGGUGGAGAACAGUUAAGUAUGAAUAAAAGGCCAAAAGGAGGAAACGAAUGAAACAAAUGAAUUAGUAACGUUUGAGCAAGAUAAUUAUGACUGAUCCCUUUGUGUGCACACAGAUAUUUUUGUCAGUGCAAACCUGAGCUUCCGUGUGAAUAACCACACAGACUUCCUUGUUCUUGUGGUUUGUUCUGAUCCGCUGAGCUGUGUGUAGUUGAUUUAACAUUUACUAGACCGGCAGCACAAUGCACACGGAAGGUGUUUGUGGUGAUUCACAGAGGGGCUGGGCUGUACCAUGGACUCAACCCAGCGGAUCACUGGACUUACAAGCAUUAGUCAGAAGGUGACCUGUCCUCUCUCUGACAAUACCCCAUUUGGAACGCAGCCUUCAGAGAGUAAAGAGACCUGUCGGACGAUUUCCCUGCGCCUGCAGAGAUCGUUCUCGGAUCAGGCCCCCACAGAACUACGCCCUGUACACACAUGGAACAGACAGCUUACAAUUUCAGCACAUGACAAGGAAACAGGCAAAGAGAAACAACCAAUUGGAGGAGUCGAAGAAGACAAGCAGGUUGACCUGUGAUCUUUUAUUACAGUCCAAAUUCUACUGUACCUGAACGCUACAAUGAGGUUGACAGGGCUGAUCCGGAUAGCGGCUGUGCUGUUCUCACUGGGCACCACCUGGCUUUUUGUACAGACGUACUUCAACACUGGCUGGAAGGUCGUCAGAUUGCGGAGCUGGCUGGGUUUCAGCCCCGACCUGCCCAUGACCCAACCCCCACGAAACAAGUGUGGUAAUCAAAAAAGUUGUCCCGAAAGCUCUUUUGCCUUUAAAGUCAUGAGUGGAGCAGCCAAUGUUGUUGGGCCUUCGAUGUGCUUUGAAAAUACGAUUAUCAUGAGUGGCGUGAAGAACAACGUUGGCAGAGGGUUAAACAUCGCACUAGUAAAUGGAACAAAUGGCCAGCUCAUGAAAACUGGCGUCUUCGACAUGUAUUCUGGAGAUAGCAAUCUGUUACUGGACUUCCUGAAAGCAAUCCAAAGUGGCACUAUAGUGAUAGUUGCCUCCUACGAUGAUCCAGCAACAAAGCUGAACGAUGAAGCACGGAAGUUAUUCACCAACCUGGGAAGUAGCCACGCGAGCAAGCUGGCCUUCCGAGACAACUGGACUUUCGUGGGUACAAAAGGGCUCAAGGAUAAAAGCCCCUAUGAACAGCACUUAAAAAAUGAAGCGGCAAAAAACAAAUAUGACGGCUGGCCGGAAGUUCUGGAAAUGGAAGGCUGUCUCCCAAAGAAGAUGGAUUAACAGUGUGCUGAAGUCAGAACAACGCCUGCAUCAAGCCUUAUUUAACAAUACAUUCCUGUUUGGCUGGAAGACGGCAUUUCCAGCUGAAUCCAGCAUAUGAACUGAUCCCAGCUCCAGGACAGCACAAGCCAACUGGCUGUUUUCAAAUCACCAGCCAACUUAUAAUGGUGUCUGAAUGCUGCUUUAAAAACGUGUAGGCUAUGUUGUAUUACAUCGGCUAUGAAGUCAUAGCAAAUGUCUAAUCUUUCAGCAUGCUGCUUUAUUAUAUUAAUAAGGCACAUGUUGAGGUGAAGGCAGUAGUGUCAAUAUCAAGCAUUUAAUUUUUCUGUCUGUCUCAAAACAAUAAGUGCACAACACUACUUGGGAAGAAAUUGCUUCAGCUUCUGCUUCUUGAGUUGUUAAAAGUGAUUUUAACAGUUAAAUCCUCCCACGUUGUUUCCAAGAAAAGAGAUCGGCAAGCAGGGGGCUUUUCAGCCUGGCUGACAAAGGCAGAACAAAAUCCAGUGGCUGGAAGUUGAGGUUAGAUCAAUUCAACCUUGAAAUAAGAUGCCAUUUCCUAGCAAGAAGAGGGAUUAAACAUCGGAACACCUUGCUGGGGAGGUGGUGCGCUCGCUGUCACUUGGAGUCUUUGAGACAAGUUUUUAUAUCUUUUUUAAGUAUACACUUUAACCCAGCUUCUAGGAGAAAUUCUAAAGCCUUUAGGGGGCAUGGGAGGGGUGGAGGUCAUGGUGGCCUUGGAAUGUGGGAAUCUAUGACUCCCCCUGUUCGUUCCCUUCCUUCAUGGGCCACGGGGAGGCCAGAAAGCCCUGCACUGCCCUCAACAUGCUCGUAACACCUGCAGUUCUGCAUUAGGAGAAUAACUAUAAUCAAAUUUCAUGCUCCAGGACUAUAGCUGUUCACCUACAGUGGUUAGGAAGGGAUCUUUCUGCCCAGUGAACUGUUGGACUGAUGUGUUCUAAGAUUUUUUUUCUCACCUUCCUCUGAAGCAUCAGGGAUUGGGCACAGCCAGAGUCAGGACUCAGGGCAGGGUGCAUCAGUGCUCAGGUGGUCCAGCAAAUCCUCUUUCUUGGCUGCCUGGCUGGUGAAUCUGGCUCACAUGUACAGGGUCAGACUGAUCCCCAGAUCUGUGGUCAGGAAGGAAUUUCCCCCCAGCUCAGUUUGGAAGGGACCAGUGGGUUUCGCCUUCCUCUGAAGCAUGGGGCUGGAACACCUGCUUGGAUCAUCUGGGCAUGCGUCACCUAAUCAAUUCCCCACCAUUGCAGUAGCCUCAGGCAUUGGUGACACCAUGGUCCCUCCUUUACCCUGCCUGUGGCACCCAACAGUUUAGUCUCCUGACGAAUUUACUCCUUUAGCCUAACUAAAGUCACCGGGCUCAAUACAGGGGUCAGUGAGUGAAAUUCUCUGGCCUAUGAUGUGCAGGAGGUCAGAGGAGAUGGCCCAAUGGUGCCUUCUGGUCUUAAAUUCUAUGAAACUAUGUAACAUUUUAACAUUCUAUCUUCAAAUAGGUUUCAGAGGGGUAGCCAUGCUAGUCUGUAUCAGUGAAAACACCGAGGAGUCCUUGUGGCAAUUUAGAGACUACCAAAUUUAUUUGGCCAUAAGCUUUCAUGGGCUAAAACCCACUUCAUCAGAUACAUGGAGUGAAAAUUACAGUAGGUGCUGUAAUAUAUAUACUGCUUACUGUAUUUUUCACUCCAUGCAUCUGAUGAAGUGGGUUUUAGUCCACGAAAGCUUAUGGCCAAAUAAAUUUGUUAGUCUCUGUAGCGGGAUGGUCACCCACUCUGGGCCUGAAAAGGUUACAGCCAGACCUGGGAGAGGGCUGGGGCUGGGAGCCAAAGAUUAGGCUGAUGGGGAAGCAGCCACAGCUGGGGCCUUGCCCCAAUCAGGCCGUAGCUGGAGCUAUAAAAGGCUGUGGGCCAGGCGCUCAGGCAGUCUCUCUCUAGUGGUGGAGAGAGACGGGCCUGGCUGCUUGGGAGUUCAGCAGAGUACCUAGAGUGGAGCAGGGCUGGGGAAAGGCAAAAGGAGCUGGGGCGCUCCAGGCUGGAAAACCCCCAGCCUACAGGCCUUGCUGAAGGCCUAAAGCAGGUACUGGGGUUGCAGAGGGGCAGCCCAGGGGUAGGCAAAAGCAGCAGGUCCAAACUCCCCUUGCCGAUGAUGAGUGGUUUACAGACUGCAGUCCGCCCCAGUGAUCGGGGGCUAGAUGGGGACUGGCAGUAGCCACUGAGGCAAGGUGGGGAUAGAAGGUGGGGAUUCCCUGGGGAGGGGAGACCCAGACUGUAGGGGUACUUCAGGGGGCAGAACCCUGAUGUAGAGGGGCACCAGGGUCUGUGAGGGACACGGGACCCGCAAGCAAGCAGGACACCAGCCUGCAGAGGGUGCUCCAGAGGCUGGAGAGCUCAUUCCCAGGAUGACCAGCAGGAGGCGCUGCAGCAGUGAGUCUUGCUUCACUACAGUCUCUAAGGUGCCACAAGGACUCCUCGUUGUUUAUGUUCAAAUAGUUUUCUCAGGGCAUGAUGAUGCCUUCCAAUAUAUGGUACCCAGUCCUGUCAUUCAGAUCCCAGUCAGUGCACCUGAUUGCACGCCAGAGGGUGUUUCUGCAGGAUACCUGCAUACCAGAAGGUGAAGUCAACAUUUUAGAUUAUUAGCACCUGAAGGAGCCAUAAUCCAGACAGCAGAACUCCCAGUGAAGUCAAUGGGCCAAAGAUGAAGUCAAUGGACUGUUGACUCCAAUGGGACAGUUUGCACUAUAUGCAAAGUUACCUUCACGUGUACGUCUUUGCAAGAAUCAGGGCCUCAGCUUGAAAGGUCUUUGUGACAGGCAGGGGCCAACUUUUACUCUAUGGACAGCAUCCAGCACAACGGGGGCCCUGUCCUGGUUGUCUCACAUGGACCAUCAGCCUUGGGACAAAGUACUGGGCACUGCCAGGGCCCCAGGGCUCACUGGAGCACCUCUCUCCCCUCCCCUUGCCCAGCAGGGAGGCUGGGGAAGUUGUUGUGUGCGAUGUCUUUUGUCGGCGUUCCCUGGGUUUGAUUCCUGCCAGCCAGAGAGGCUUUACUGCAUGUUGUACCUGCUCAAGUGUCCCAGCAGCUCACCCGGCAAGUGUGGGGAAUCCAGAGAGUCCAGAAUCAUUGACGGGAGUGGGUUUGCUCUUCUAUGUCACAUACACAGGGAUGUGGGUUUCUUGCUUUCAGACAUUUAUCAGAAAUAUAUUAUCUACUUUAUACGGGGUCUCUGGUUCUGGGAAUAUCAAAUAGCUGAACAAUGGGGAGUUUGGGAUUUUUUGAGUCUCUAAUAAAAUUUCUAACCAAU